UACGCAUAUAUGCUUGUCUGUGUGCGUGUGUGUAUAAGAUAGCCUCAUCCUACCAGCAGGCAGCAAUAGGAAACAGUAGUUUUUCGUGGUAGAGGAGAGGAGAGAAAUUCCUUACAGGAUCGGCCCGAUGGAGGUGCAGCCGGAGCUCUCCCUGGGGCCGAGGUCGCUGCGGUUCGGCGGCGGCAAGAGCUCGUCGUCGGAGUCGGACGGCAGCAGCGACGACGGCAGCAGGAAGAGAAGGAAGCACUUCGCCUGGGAGGAGGCCGUGUCCCAUGCGAGCCUGGAGCUCCAGCUCAAAGACCCUCUGCCUCUGGACUGGGAGCAGUGCCUUGACCUACACUCUGGGAGGAUGUACUACCUGAACAGGAAGACCAUGAGGAAGAGCUGGGUGAGGCCCAUGGAGGAGCACGGCAGUACUCUGGACCUGGAGCUCAACAUCUCGACGAUCCCGUGCACCUUCGGCAACGGCGACGGCAAGGCGAGCCCCGGCACCAUCGCGGAGGAGGACGAAGACGACGCGAGCUGGAGCGGUGGCCGCGGCUCAGUAGGCUCAAUGGUGGCCAUCCCGUGCAUCAACUGCCACCUCCUCGUCAUGCUCUGCAAGUCCUCCCCGGCGUGCCCCAACUGCAAGUUCUUGCAGCCGUCGGUGCCGGCCAUGGCGCGGACGCCGCCGCCGCGCCGGCUGGAGGCCACCGUCAAGCCGCUGGAGACGCUCAGUCUCCUGCACUAGCCGCCACCCGGCUCUGCAAAACCAAACAAAAGAUGGCUGUAGAAAAUGGGGAGAGGGACAGAGCAAGUGAAAGCUACAAGUGUUUUUACUACUACUACUACUCAGCAGUAGUGAUGAUAGAUGAACUAGAUUAUGGAGGGGGCUGUGUGUGUGUAUGUGGAUCAAUUUACUGUAUGAGUGCUGCACAUGCUACAUUGCUUCGAUGCAAAUGAGGCGAUCAAGCAGUAAAUGGAAUUAAUUAGGCGUA